AUGUCAUAUUACGACAUCGAUGAUAUUCUAGCUGACGCUGAGAAACUACCUUGUCAAUUCAACCACACAAUCCCGGGCCUAGGCUAUCUCGAAGGAAACCCAGGCAAACCUAUCCAACAGAACACCAAACUCGAGCUCCCAUUCUGGCUAGCCGAGAUCCUUGCUGUGCUCGAAGUGCAGAACUCCGACUCGUCAUUCAUUUCACUCAUCGACCCCGACUUCAUUAAUGACAAGGUGCUCAAUGCCAUCAAAUCGGAUGCGUUGUCUCUCGAUUUACAUAAAUUGUCCGGUCAAUAUUACUCAAUGAUUGAAAAAUGGGGCAAAUUGUUUACGGAACCACGGUUGAUUGAGCAGAUUAUGGAGAUGUUGAAAGUACGCAGUUUUGAAAUUAAUAAUUACGCAAGUAAUAUCCAUUCAAAGCAUUUCAAUACUGAGUUUAUCUAUACUUUGGAUGAGUUUGAAAAGAAGUUGUUUAGGGAUACUAGUGAGAGUAAUAAGUUGAUGAGACAAUGGUUAAAGGAAUGA